GUUUUGGUCCGGCUCCAUGCUAGUGCUAAUGCUAACAUGCUAAGAUGCUAACGCGGUUGUUUCGUUGAUCCGAACCAGAACCAGAAAUAAGACCGAACCAGGACUAAACCAGGACUAAACCAGGACCAAGACCGAACCAGGACUAAACCAGGUCUGCUCCAGGUCUGGUCCAGGUCUGGUCCAGGUCUGGGUCAUGGAGUCUGGAGCUGCUGACGAGGAGCCGGAGCCGAUCACGUUGAAGUCGGUGAAGGACUUCAGGUGGUUCUCGGUGCCUCAGAGCGACCGUCUCGGCGGCUGUAGGAGCGUACGUGAGUUUGAGAAGUUGAACCGUAUCGGCGAGGGGACGUACGGCAUCGUGUACCGCGCCAGGGACACCGUGUCCGGAGACAUCGUGGCGCUGAAGAAGGUUCGCAUGGACAAAGAGAAGGACGGGAUCCCCAUCAGCAGCCUGAGGGAGAUCACCGUGCUCCUGGGCCUCACGCACCCCAACGUGGUGGAGCUCAGGGAGGUGGUGGUGGGGUCGCAGCUCCAGAGCCUGUUCCUGGUGAUGGGCUACUGCGAGCAGGACCUGGCGUCUCUGCUGGAGAACAUGCAGAGCCCGUUCUCCGAGGCUCAGGUCAAAUGUAUCGUCCUGCAGCUUCUGCGCGGGCUUCAGUUCCUCCACCACAACUUCAUCAUCCACCGAGACCUGAAGGUGUCCAACCUGCUCAUGACGGACAAAGGCCAGGUGAAGAUCGCGGACUUCGGGUUGGCGCGCACCUACGGGCUCCCGCAGCAGCCCAUGACGCCGCGCGUGGUGACGCUGUGGUACCGCGCGCCGGAGCUGCUGCUGGGCUCCACGUCUCAGAGCACGGCCCUGGACAUGUGGGCCGUGGGCUGCAUCCUGGCCGAGCUCCUCCUGCACAAACCUCUGCUCCCCGGAGCGUCUGAGAUCCAGCAGUUGGACCUGAUCGUGCAGCUCCUGGGUUCUCCCAACGACUCCAUCUGGCCCGGCUUCUCGCAGCUGCCUCUGGUGGGGCAGUACAGCCUGAGGAAGCAGCCGUACAAUAACCUGAAGAGCCGCUUCUCGUGGCUCUCGGAGGCCGGACACCGUCUGCUCAACACUCUGUUCAUGUACCAGCCCCAGCGCCGCGCCUCCGCCGCAGACUGUCUCCAGAGCUCCUACUUUAAAGAGAAACCUCUGCCCUGUGAACCCGAGCUCAUGCCCACCUUCCCCCACCACCGCAACAAACGCUCCGCCCCGCCGCCGCCAGAAGGGGGCGGCAGACGCUCCGGAGCCGGGCCGGAGGGCAGCAAGAGGACCAAGGUCUGAGUCUGAGCCGCGGGACAGAGACUUGAACAUAAAGAAACGUACAGACCUGUCACGAUCACACACACAACUGAAACUAACAUACGUCAGAAAACUAAAGCUGGAUGAUUAUUAUUUUUGAUUUUUUUAGUACUUUUAAAAGGGAAAUUCUCCUGCAUGUGACCUGUUCUUCAGGAGCAGUGGCACACGGGGCCUGGGGACCGGCUCCAUGAUCUUGUUUUGGUCUGGACUCAGCUGGAGGAUUUUUCCUCUGGUGCAGGUUUUUGUUUGACGGAAGAAACUCAAAUGAUUUUACAUUUAAAAUGUUUAGAAACACAAACAGAAUUAAACCUUUUGUCUGUAAUGAGUCAGGAGUUAUUUCCUCUGCAGCUCAGAUUUUACCACAGAACUGAAGAAUAUCUAUGUGUAUUUCACUGUGUCAAACACUUUGUUUAUUGAUUUGUUUAUGUGUGAAACGUGUAAAUGAAGUCUGAAGUUUUACUACAGAAACAUCACAGAUCCUGGAGUGACUCUGGUGUCUCUGUGUUUGGAGGUUUUGUUGUAGAUCUGGAGUCUCUGACCUGCAGCUCCUCCUCAAAGAUCUCAGAGGGAUUUGUGAAUCACACGUGUUGAAUAAGUCAAAUCUGAUGAAUUAAAAACCUUUUUCCUUUGCA